AUGGAAACUUACCCCGUCACUGCAUGUAGCGAUACGCGCUACCGAUACAACAAUAACGAUACAUUGUGCCAAGAUGGUCGUUCGAUCAGCUAUACUUCGAUCGGGCUUGAUAUCGAGCCCGCGCAGAUGGCUAAAAUAUAUCAGAACACGUUCUUGCCUAGACUGGCGUCGGACCUCGCAGCCAUUGGAUUAGACGAGGAGCAGAACAACCUCUGGAGCGACACCAUGCCAGAAUCGUCAUGGAGUCGGGUAGUAGCAGAACCUGAUGGCAGAUUUAAGACGCUGCGGCCUUGGCUACCCAGCUUCACUUAUGCUGAGAUUCCCACAUUCUUUGUCGCGAGUCUCCGAACAAAUUCGACCACUGGAGUAUUGCGCGAACAUUUGAUGAGAUUCAACUCUUCGGUUCAGUGCGAGGAGAUUGACAAAUCAUCGUUCCCGUCGCCAUGUCCGGGAGAGAAUCCUUUCGUCGCCAGGCUUCAAAAGACGAAAGACACUGACAUUCGUGUCUGCGUGCCUGGUAGCGUUGGAACCUUUCCCUGGAGGCUGAGCCGCAAUCGUCAAGACAUCACCGAAGAGCUGUACCUGGACCUAUGGGAUGGCGACCUCAGUACCAGGGAAGACGCGAGCUUCAAGAACGUCAGUGCUACCGUUAGAUGCGAAGCGAAAACGACGCGCGGCUAUUUCGAAAUGGGCAAUGCGCUGAAUGAAGAUACCUACGGUCCGCUGCUCGAUCAGUGGCCUGGUCCCGAGAGAAUGCAGACUGAGUUUAAUGAUUAUGUCAAGACAGAACCAUACAAGGGUAAAGGCUUUACGCCAAGCGAAAAUGACACCUGGGCGGGGGAGGAGGCUCGUCACACUUCAACUCUAUCGCUUUCGGAUUCGUGGAAAACAUCUGGACCACUGGCCAGCUCUGCAAUGGCCAUGUUUGGCAACACUUCGUGGCUGCACAACAUGGUACGAUAUGGCGCCAACACAACGUUCGAAGACAGAAAUGACCAGGAUAAGGUCGAAUGGGAUCUGUUGUGUGCAGGCAUGCCUUAUGGGAGGCUCUUUGGUACUUGGUCCGAGGGUUUUCCGAGUCCAGCUACAUCAUGCAAGGGGAUCGACAAUACCAUUGUCUCAGGCCAGAAACCAAGCCGGAUGAAAGUAUUGCAGAUCAUCCACGAGUGGAUCGAGGGCUUUGCGCCUGCGAGGCGCGACGAUGAAUUGACCAACGCAGUCAGCCUGCUGCAAAUCAGCCUGUAUGUCUCCAACCGGGCCUUGCUCACCUUCUACUCUCCGAACUCCAGUGGAGGCGGCUCACGCAUAUAUCCGCCAUCAGGGCGUGCGAUUUACACCGCUCCUGGUCAGGCCGUGCAGAAACCAGCGGUGUCGGUGGCUGCCGUGGUAGUGCUAUCCUUGCUCAUUGGCUUUCAACUGAUCGGACUGGCUUUCCUGGCGUGCUACAUCUACCGUGUACCAACUUGGACUGGGGCGUUGGAUGCGAGGGCUAUGGCGAGGAUAGGAGCAUGUAUAAGACAGGGUGAUGUACUGCCACCGAUUGGUGCGGUCACACAGAGGGAUCGAGAUGUGUUGAAAGUGGAUGGACUGGUGGGAAUCGGUCACGAUCAGGUCAGCACGUCGUUAUCAACACUGGCUCCGGACCAGCGUAGCGACAGGAAAUCGUCCGAUUUCUGCCUCCAGCCGGUGGGAGGCAAGAACAACAUAUAA